GCAGCAGCAAGCAGACUGUGACUGCCCCGUGGAGGACUGUUUUAGUAUCGCAUUAACUCGCGUCGUCUGUGCUUCUCUCGUCGAUUACAAGUCCGCGUGUGUGUGUAUUUAUCCAUUAUAUACGAUAAGGUAUAUAUAGCAGCAUAUAUAUACGCGCACAAAGGUCGCUGCUCGCUGCAUUAUUUUACUUCUUUUAUUUUAUUUUUUAUCGUUUUCAUUUUUCGCGCUUGCGUCCGCUCACGCGUGUGCAGUGUAUGUGUGUGUGUGUGUAUCAAAUACACGAGACGCGUGCAGUGGGAUAAGAGAAAAAGAUCUUCUGUCUUUUGCAAAAAAAAUUAUAACAUGGUCUAUAUAGAUGCCGCACGACUUAUGCGGGCCGACGAACACGAUGAUGCCGCCAGACGAUGAUGCAGCCGAGGAUUACGCGACGACAACAAUGACGAAAAUCCGCAAUCACUGCUAUCGCUCUCGUUACAGCUAUGCGUCAUCGCGGAGCUUCAAUCGAAUGAAACUGCGCUAAAUAAGCCGCGCAACCUUUGAGAGUCUAUGAGAUAGCUGUCAAAAAGCUAUAUACCAAUCCGGUUUGUUGUUGUCUUGCAAAUCGGCGGCAAUACACGCGAUGCAUCGUUCUUGAGAAUUCGAACGUAACUCGCAUCGUUGUAUAGUUUUGGGCUUGAUUCUCUUUAUCAUCGUCGUCAUCGUGUGCAAGUGUGCAAGUGUGCAAGUGCCUCGCAUUAAAAGUGUUGUAUACGUGUGCGGGCGAGAUUCUCCUGCUACACACGCCUUCGUUGUAUUUAUACCGUGCCUUAAUAAUAUUGUAACCCUACGCGUGUGCGUGCGGAAUCGUAAAAACGCCGACUGUACCGCGGAGGAAGCGAUAGAGACAGAGACUGUCCUUAUAUUGUACUGCACACGCCUCGGCACAUACGCAACAGGCCGCCCUGUGCAGAGCACCGCCGACGAAUAUAUAUAGCCGCGCUGCUACUACUACUACUACUACUACUGUAACGCUGCGCUUCGUAUCCGGAGCUGCAUCUUCGACACACUUUUGAAGGAAGAAAAAUGGCCGUAAGUAGCGCGGCGGCGGCGACCGGCAUCGAGGUGCGCGAGUCCGGGCGCGCUCUGAGUUUCCACACGGAAAUGCCUCAUCUUGUCUCGACCGGAAGUGGAAGGCUGUCUACCACUGUCACGCUUCAUCCGCUACCCGAAGGACGCACACUCGUCGGCCAGGCGCGAGGCAGCGACCUACAAAUCAGCGGCCAAGGCAUCGAUCCGAGCCACUGCGUGAUCGAGAACGUCGCCGGCAGCGUGACCCUUCAUCCGCUCAAAGGCAGCACUUGCGUCGACGGCCGAGCCAUCCACGAUGCGCACAGACUCAAACAAGGCAGCGUACUGACGCUCGGCAGAUCGACCCAAUUUCGCUUCAACAAUCCAGUCGAGGCGCAGCACUUGAAGUGUCAGCAGCAGCAGCAAGCGAAGGGCAAACCACCCGUGGCACCGCGUAAAUCUCCGCGCAGCUCGAGCGCCUCCUGCUCGUCCGACACGGACGAGCCCGUCAAUUUUCUCGGCAAGCUCAGCAAGUUCGAGAUGCUGGCCCGACAGACCCGUCAGCAGGUCAACAACGUCGUCUCGCCCAAGGUCUUUCCCCCGGGCAGUCUGACGACCAGUGUGCCGGCGGACCAGAUACUGCCUACGUCGGUACAACAGCAGCAGCAGCAGCAGCAGCAGCAACAGUAUCAGCCUUAUUAUCAUAAUAAUCACGCGAAAUCGGCGAGUUUUUCCACGAUGGGUAGGAGCAGUCCACUGCAGAAUGUCACGAAUUUCGAGAGAUGUCGCAACGAAGACGACGCGAGACAGUGCAAACUAACGAACCAAUACAAUACGAAUCACAACAACUCGAUAUACCAGAACGUCGACGACAGCAACGCGGAUCUCAUGACUCGGAGCUUGGGUCGCCGAUGGCAGGAGCAAAUCCAACCGUAUCGACCCCAGCAGCAACAGCAACAAUACAACAAUCAUCAUCAUCAUAAUCAUCAUCAUCAAAAUCAUCACCAACGGCGCGCGGCUUCCAGCCAGGAGCUGGAAUCGACUUACAACGACGAGAAUCACAACGGCAACGGCUACGAGAACGUCGACAACGGUUACGAGAACGGCUACGAGAACGUCUUCACGGGCGGCGGCGGCAUGUCCACGGACGACAUCAUGAGCCGCAGCUUUCACUGUCAAAGGGACGAGGAUCUGAAUCAGUUCAGUCGGGACUUCGACAUGAGUCAGAGCUUGAUCGUCGCCAAGACCACGACGCACACGGAAUUUCUCAAGUUGGAGCAGUACGGCAGCAAUAACGGCUCGAGGUAUAAUUUACAGUCGCAGCAGCAGCAGCAGCAGCAACCACAGGGUCAGGUGGUUGUGGGUCAUCGUAGGGCUGGAUCGUGCGAUUCUUACAACAAUUCUGCACAAAAUAUCGGAAUACCUCGUCAAAAGUCACCGAAACAGCCAUCGCCCGCCUACAAUCGCGAGGUCCGCGUGCCCAAACAACAGUCGAAGCAUCAGCAGCAGCAGCAGCAUCACUAUCAGAACUUCUUCACGCUGCCUUCGAACAAACCGAGCGAGCCCCUGUACGGCCGCAUAAUGCGCCCGCUGAGCCCGGAAAGCGAGCGAGACGCCCAGGAGCGCAUGCGACGCGCCUACGAGCAGAGGAUGCGCGAGCACGGCGAGAAGGUGAGGCGCGAGAAGGCCCACCUCGAGGAGAUGCUGGCCACCUGCACGGAUUACGAGCGACAGACGAGCAGUAACGGUAGCAGCAACGGCAGCAAUGGCAAACACGUUGAGCAGCAGCAGCAGCAGCCGAGACGCAAACACGAAGAGGAGACGAUUUUGCUCUCGGCGGUGGGAUACCAAUCGCCGCACCUACCGUACAAAAAGCCCACGGUCGGCUGUCGCAACGGUCCUAGAUACAGCGGUCGACCGAAGACACCUCCACCGAGCGAAGAGGAACAGCACCACCAGCACCACCAUCAACCACCGCUGCCACCGCCACCGCCACCAUUACCAGCGACACCGGAAAGCAGCGACAACUGCGACGAUAAUAAGUUGUUGGCAGCGACGCCGAACAAUAAUCGAGCACCUCAAUGGCCCGAACAAGAGAACGGCUACGCCGUGGUGAUGAAGCCCAGCAAACAGCAGAACAAAGUGGCCGCGUGCUAUCCCGCAGAUAGCGACAACUACAAUCACUUGAAUGACGUAUCGCCGUCGUCGUCGCAGAAGUUUGCUCCGACGACGAAUGAAACGACGACGCACGAGAGAAUCAUGUAUGCCGAGCCUCAGAUACCGCAGCAGCAGCAGUCGCAGAAAAAGCAAGAGCGCAACGAAGUAGCAGCUGCUCCGCCUCUUCCGGAAAAAACGAUCAAGCUCACCUACCACAACUACGAGAACUUCAUGCCCGUGAUCAACGGCAACCUGAGCAUCUACGAGAACAUCGGAGCGUCGCAGCACAGCGUCAACGGCGACGCUACCACAGCUGGUAAUAAUAACGUCAACAACAACAUCAACGAAGCGGUCCAAAGCUCGCAACAACAACUCGUUAGCAACAAUAACGGCGGCAAAAGGAGCUUACCGAGGCCACCGAAGAAGCCGGCCAGAACGGCGCCCGAGCGUCACAAUAAUCUGCUCGAGAGUACGAAGCUCGACGUGUCGAACGACGAUCUGCUCGAGGCCAUUGAGCAGCUUUCGCAAUUGUCCAAGCCGAGAAAUUCGUCGGGUUCGACGACGACGCCGAUAGCCGACCACUACCAGACGCCGGUAAAGCGGCUUAACGGUGAUAAUUCCAAGAGGCUGAACGACGAGUACGGCGAUCGAGCGGACAACAACAAGGACGACGGCAAAGCCGAUGAGUCGGAGAAAGAGCAGCAGCGCGCACAGCUCGAGGAUCAGGAUCGCGGCAAGUACAUGGACUUUCUCGAGAACGAGAAGCAGCACAUACUCGCCAACAUGGACUCGUUCAAGCGCAGCGUCGCCGAGAUCGAGACCCAAGAGGAAGAGAUCAGUCGCGAGUUGGAGCUGGAGAAAGCCCUUCUGUCGGCCGAGCACGAGUCCGAGAGCCUGAAGCUUGAGCAGGACGAGGCCGAGCUGAAUCGCGUGCAGGAGAAGCUGCGCGAGCUCGAGGCCGAGAUGGCCGAGGACAAGGCCGGCCAGACGCAGAUCCAGGCGGAGGCGCGUCAGCGCGUGCUGGUGGCCCAGCAGGCCUGCGCCAGCCUCGAGGAGCAACUCGCCGAGGCCGAGGGCAGGGACGACGAGCGCGACAGCGACCUGGCCAAUCGACUGGCCGCCCAGACCGACCAGCUCGAGACCGAGCGCAAGGCCUUCGAGGACCUCGAGUUCCAUCAUCUCGAGGAGGAGGCCAGCAAGCUCGCCAAUCGCGAGGAGCUGCAGCGCUACGCCGAGGAGCUGAGGGCCAAGGUGGACGCGAGGAGGCUGCAGCUGGAGCAGCUCGAGAGCCAGCGCAGCGACAUCAAGACGACCGUGCUGAAGGAGGCCAAGAGCUUGGAGAGGCAGAAGCUCGCGCAUCUACGCAGAUUAGAGGAGGGUCGCAAUCGAUUACGCACCAUCGACGACGAGCUGGAGAGCCUGGUAAAAAACGUCAACGACAAUCUCGUGGCCGAGAAGCGCUCGCCGAGCCGCGAGGAUUUCGACAGAAUAUCGAGGGUCACGAGCGAGUCGCCGAUCGUCAAUAAUAACGAGGGCAGCGGCUUGGCCAGAAAAACCAUCGAGUCCUUGAAAGAAAUCGAACGAAAUAGGCAGCUGCACUUAGCGAAACAAGGUAGUCAAGUUAUAUCGGAAGAGAGACGACGAGUCGAGGAGCUGAAGCGACGGGUCCAGGAAGAGGUGCGCAGCCAGUGGGAGGAGAGAAAGAUGAACUGCACGUCGCUGAACAGCGUCGAGUCGGGCGAGGAAUCCUCCAGUUAUUCGACCGGUCCAACCGAGAGUGGCAGUGGCAGCAGCGACGGCGCCGACACGGGGGCCACGGAAAAAUUAUCGCCCGGCAGCAAACUUUCCGAGUUCACCUCGUCAGCCAGUCCCGGAUCUUCCGGCGACUCUUACACGCUGCUGCAGACCGACCGAUCGAGAGAGGAGCGAGCCGCGUUCACCGAGCAGGAGACCUACGACGGAAACAGCAGCAGUAUCAUCGACGAGGGCGGAAAUCGACCGCUGUCGCAGACCUCCAGCGAGAUGGACUCGCUGGGCAACGUUCACAUCAAGCUGCGAGAUAACAAGACCAAGUCACAGCGACCGUUGACGAGAUACCUGCCGAUAAAGUCCGAGAGCCUGGAUCUGCGGCAUCACAUCGAGACGGCGGGCCACCCGCUGCCGCUCAUACACGACAUCGGCGUGGACGAGACGAGCUGCAGCGGCUACCUGUCCAAGAUGAGCAAGCGAUUUCAUCACUGGAACAAGAGAUGGUUCGUUUUCGAUCGGAAACGAAAGACUCUCUCUUAUUACAGCGACAAUCAUUCGAGAAAGCCGCGCGGCGUUAUCUAUUUUCAGUCGAUCGAGGAGGUGUACAUCGAUCACAUGAACACGGUGAAAUCGCCGCACGCGGAACUGACGUUCGUCGUGAAGAGCUCGUCGAGGGUCUAUCACCUGAUGGCACCCAGCUCGGAAGCCAUGAGAGUCUGGGUCGAUGUCAUCUUCACCGGGGCCGAGGGCUAUCACGAAUUCGAUCCCAAUUCAUGAGAGACACCUCGAGAGCCUUCUGCUCACAAUUUGUAAAUAAUAAAAUUUCAAAUUCAUCGUAAGCCCGUCGUUAUCGAGCGAGGAAAAAGAAGAGAAGAGUGUUUGAAAUUAUCGAAUGGCCAUCGCAAAGGGAUGGCUUUCGACUCGCUGUUUUUCGUAUCUCCAUGUAUCGUAAUCAUGUAAAAGCAAGCAACCAUUUGCUUAUUAUUCAUUUUACAAAAGUUAACUUUUGUAAAAGCAGGUGCCAAUUAAACGUAUUUUUCUAAUUCUAAGGGGCAUUAAAUCGUUCAAGUUUAUCGAAUUUGGGAAUGUAUCUCAAAGAGUGCAUAGUUUUACAUAGAUGUCAAUCUAGUCUUCCAACACAAUAUAAUUGUAACGAUUGCCAAACAAAUUUGUUGAGACGUUGUGUAGAGCAUCGCUUGCUGAAUCAUUGAAAGACCCAUUGUAUAUAUGAGAAUAAUUUGAUUUUGUUUUUAUUUUAAUAACGCAAGACCCAAAGCUCUCAAGCUUCGAGACGUGAAAGUAUGAAACUGAGACUGACGCUGUGGUUAAUAUUGCAAAAAUUAUGAAAUUAUGUCUGUGGAAAAGUGGGUGCAUAAGUGCCAGAAAACACACCAAAGUGCAUUUACUUGUAGGUAGACAUUUCGUUGUUACCUCAUAAAAAUAUGUACAAUCAUGAAUUGAAACGCAAAUCAAAAUAAUGUAAUUUUAAAAUACAGCUAAACUGCUCGCUUGCAGCCGCUGCAAUAUUGUACUACUUAUCGAAAUAUUAUUAUAAAAGACUAUCUUGCCUCUUUCGCUUAAGAAAAAGGAUCAGAGAAACUAAAAUAUUGAAUUAAUAAUUGUUAAACGAACUUAUAACGUUUUUAUAAGUUUUACAUACGUAUUAUCCUAUCUGGUUUAGAUUGAAC